AUGGGUUCGACAAUCAAACCGCUACUUCUUCACGCCCACCACAACGGACCCAACCCCCUCAAGAUUGCCAUUGCCCUGGAAUUCCUUCAGGUGCCGUACACAAUCCGCCUGUGGGAAGGCGGCGACGAUCCGGAGAAGGGCGUCAAGGGUACCGCGUUCCUCAAGAUCAACGAAAAUGGUCGCGUGCCAGCCCUGGAGGACCCAAAUACAGGGGUAACCUCGUGGGAGUCUGGAGCGGUCAUGAACUACCUCCGUCGCGUCUAUGACAGGGACAACAAGAUCGGCCCGAGGGGCGACACGGAGCAAGACCUGGUGGACUUGGAGAAGUGGGAGUACCUGCUAUUGACGACCUUGGGUCCCAUGAGUGGGCAAUGCAAUUGGUUCAGGUUUCACAACAAGACGAAAAAUGAAGAUGCACUGGAACGAUACCAAGGGCAGACACUGCGUUGUUAUGAUAUCCUUGAAGGACAGCUGAAGAAGACUAACGGCGCGACCAUCAUCCCCGGCGGUUACACCUCUGCCGACUGCCAUUAUGAGCCAUGGAUUCGUCUGCACGGCUUUGCUGGGUUGACGCUGGACAACCAUCCGCUGAUUGCGAAGUGGUUCCAAGCGUUCGGGGAGACUAAGGAGGUCAAGGCGGCAUAUGGUAGGAUCAAGGAGGCUGCAGAACAGCAGGCAUAG